AUGAGCGAUGACAUCGAUGUUGAAGCCAUGUUAGAGGCUCCUUUUAAAAAGGCGCAGCCAGAGCUUGCGGAGGGUUACUUGAAUGUAGUUAAUGAACUAGACUCGAAAGAAAUUUCUGCUAAAAGCGAACGUAAUAGACGCCAUAGAAGCUCCUCUCGCUCCUCUGCUCAUCGUCACAGAUCACAUUCUCGAUCACGACGUUCUCGUCGUUCACGCUCUCGUUCGCGUGAGAGGCAUAGGAGACGUCGUUCUCGUUCUAGAUCGCAUGAAGAAGAACGAGAUAAGCGCACUGUGUUUGUAAUGCAACUUGCUGCACGUCUUCGAACAAGAGAACUUGCUGAAUUUUUUUCACAAGCUGGGAAGGUCAGAGACGCUAAAAUUAUUGCAGAUAGAAUAUCUCGAAGAUCAAAAGGGGUUGGCUAUGUGGAAUUUUAUGACGAAGAAUCUGUUCCCAAAGCUUUGGCUUUGACGGGACAAAAACUUUUAGGCAUCCCUGUUAUUGUUCAGUUAACUGAAGCUGAAAAAAAUCGUCAAGCUCGAUUAGCAGAACAAGCAGCAUCGCAUGCCACAGAUAUUGCCUAUCAUCGACUCUAUGUUGGAUCUGUUCAUUUUAAUUUGACGGAAGAUGAUUUAAGACAGGUGUUUGAGCCAUUUGGUCCUUUAGAAUUCGUAAAUUUACACAAAGAUCCGGAAACAGGGCGAUCUAGAGGAUUCGCUUUUAUUCAGUAUAAAAAUCCUGAAGAUGCUAAACAAGCCCUGGAAAAAAUGAAUGGUUUCGAGUUGGCAGGAAGAACGAUAAAAGUAGGUCUUGUUACUGAUAAGAGUAACGGAAUGAAUUUAAAUCUUGAUGACGGAGAUGUUGCUGGUCUAGCCUUAAACGCUCAGUCUCGAGUAGAAUUAAUGCAAAAACUGGCACGUGAUACUGAUCUUAUUACGCCUGCACCAAAUCCUAUUCCCGCUGAACCUCCUCGACCCGUUCAACCAAGAGUAAAUCCUACACGAUGUGUAUUAUUAAAGCAUAUGUUUAAUCCUGAAGAGGAAUCAGAGCCAAAUUGGGCUGAAGAACUGGAAGAUGAUGUAAAAAGUGAAUGCGUUAAAUAUGGCCCUUUAGUACAUAUUAGUGUUGAUAAAGAGUCUAAUGUAAGUAUCAGUUGA